AGGCGACAACUUACAGCUGGCCAUCUGCAAAGCUGGUUCCAUCUCCUAUCUGGAGAGGUUUAACAAAAAGAGUGAGCCGACCUGGAUGUUUGUAACGGUAAGUGAAUCUGUCGGCGAGAAGUCUAGUUCUGGCAUCUGGUAUCUGGUAUCUGGUACUUUAUAGAGCGGAAAGGCCAUCAAUAUCAUGUUCGGCACAGACGUGCCCAAGCUGGUGGCCAUUAUCACCAAGAUGCUACAGUCAACCAUUGCCAAGGAGGCCCAUCACUGCUACGAGAUCACCGAACUACAGCCCAUCGAACUGGAGCAGCAGGAGGUGAAGAACAAGGCGCUGCGGCUGGCCGAGGACAUUGAGCUGCAAGAGUGCAAGAGGAAGCGCUUAGAGUACCUGAAGUCUGUCACUGAUUGCAUAAUGCAGAACCUUCCCGAUAUUGGGAUAACUGUAUUUGGGCCACAAGUCAACCGGGAAAUGUUCAAGAAGCUCUCGGAGCCGGCCGAUCCUCUGAAGAUCCAGUGCAAGGAUCGCAAAGUCUUUGCCAUAACGCCCACUGACUUCACCACCGUGAACUUUGCAGCUGAGAAUCCACUGGCGAGCGACGUCAUCGAGCAGUUGUACGACAAGGAGCUGCUGAUGUGCUUCUGGAAGGUGGAGGAGGCUCUUGGCAGUCCGCCCAACGUGCUCCGGCAGUAUGCCCAUGAGCUGACCAAGGAAACCAUAAAGCCCCCGGAUGAGUUCAACGAGGAGGAGAUCACAGUACCACCCAUAAUAGUGCCGCUCGAGGUUAAUGUUGAAAUCCAAAGAGAAGUGUCCGAGAAAGAGGCAGAAAUAGUAUGCGUCGAACAGCGCAAUGAAGAGAAUAUGGAAGAAGACGAAGGCGAAGGCGAGAUGGACAACAAAGCAGUAGAGGCGCAGGACGAAGUGAAAUCGGAGGAUGCUAAAACUUAUAAGACCAUCCGCAUUCCUCCGAUUUGGGUGCCCAGUGACCAGCGCACACAUGCAGCUCUAAUUUACACAUAUUUCCGGGGGCAAACAGCCGCUUUCCUACCGCCCGAUCCUGUCCCGGAGCCACCGCACAUUAUAAUGACAUUCGACGCCUACAAGAAGAAAGAUUUGGACAGUAUUCUUGAGUCUUGCAGAGAAGACAUUCCGCUUUAUGGCUUCUUCACCAGCGACAAUCCUCAGACAGCGGUGUUCAUAGCCAAUUCGGUCGAGAAAUACAAUGCAAAACCCUACGUACCCACCGAUAAGAUCGUCCUGAAGGUGAACAAAGUCAAUACCCCGACUCUGCCCAUGUUAAUGGCUUACGGUCCGAGCUAUGUAAGCACCAACUCGGUCGUUGGCCACAAGGAGGCAUGUCAGUUUUUCCCGGACAAUUACAAAUCAGCAUUGCAGGAGGAGGCUGAACUACACGCAGUGAAAGCUGAGAAGCCAAAGAAACGCAAGAAGAACAAAAAGGGAGAUGGCGCAGCGGACAACGAAAAGGAAGACGUUGGUCCCUCUGAAGCCCAACACGAAUCAGAUGAAGCGGCAAAGACCACGCCAGAAGAAGGUGCCUCCACGACAAGUAGUGGGGAGGACAGCUGUGAGAGUCGCCCACCCACUGCUGAUGGCACCAAUUCCUCUGCAGACCGCGGCUCAGGUGACAUAUUAAAAUGAGGAAAAUGCUCCUCAGUUUAUAAUUGUAUUAAUUAUUA